AUGAAAGACAUCAUCCUCAUCAUCGGCAACCCCGGCACGGGCAAGAGCACGACGGCCAACUGCCUCGCCGGCCAGGUCCUCUUCGACGCCAACGUGAGCUACGGCCGCGGCCUCACCGUCGAGCUCAGCGAGCGCGAGUGCGACGGCACCACGUACAUGGACACGCCGGGGCUCGCCGACCGCGAACUAGAGAAGGCCGCGGCCGUCGCCAUCACGACGGCGCUCCAGCGCACAGGCCGCUACCGCAUCUUCUUCACAGUGCGGCUCCAGUUCGGCCGCGUGGUGCAGGAAGACAUCCUGACCAUGCAGCGCGUCAUGGGCAGCAUCCACAUCAAGCACACGCUGACGUUCGCCGUCAUCAUCAACCAAGUCGAUGACGAAGACUACACGCAUCUCGUCGAAGGCGCCGACUUCUGCCAGGAAGACCGCGACCGCGUGCUCGCACAGGUCAAUGCCGGCAGCUUCACGACGCCCAACAUCUUCUUCCUGCGCAAGAUCCCCGCGCUGAGCCGCAAGAAGAACGCCGUGACGCAGCUGCCGUCGGACUUUAUCGAGUUUGUCCGCAACGUGCCGCGCAUCGAGAUGAAGCAGCUGCGCGCCAUCAUCGCCGCCAAAACGAGGGAGGUCGACGACGCCAAGGCCGCCGCCGAACACAUGGCCCGCGUCACGGCGCUCCAGAUCGAGCAGUAUGAAGCCGCCGCGUCCCGCGAUAAGAAGCUCAUCGAGCAAGCCCGGCUCGACAAGGCCGCAGCCGAGCGAGAGGCAAACAAGCAGGCCAAGCAAGCGAAGGAAGCGAAGAAGGCUGCCGCGGCUGCGUUCAAGAAAGCCGCCGAGGACCUCGCCAAGGUCAAGGCCGAUGCCAAAAACGCAGCCAAGGCGGCAGACAAGAAGGCAGCCGAGGACAUUGCGAAGCUGAAGGCUGACGCCGAUCGCGAUGCCAAUAAGGCAGCCAAUGACCUCGCCAAGCGGAACGAAGAAGCCGCGCGCGCUGCCGAAGCCAAGGCAACCAAAGCGGCCAAGGAGAUCACGAGGUUGAGAGCCGAGGCCGAGAAAGCGGCCGAGGUUGAAGCCCGGCAAACCAAGGCUGUAGCAGCGCAUCGACUCUUGUCGGCGAAGACCGAAGCCCAGCGGCUCAAGGACAGCUACGGCGUCGGCGUCUCGGUGCAAUUCGUCAUCAGCAACAACUCGGUCAAGCAUAGUCUCUACAAGCGUAGCGCCCAGAUCGACAGCGGCAAGGGCGUGGACGACUGCAUGGUCAAGUUCCCGAGCGAGGUCGCACCCCACUGCAGCGAGGCGGGCUUCCACGGCAGGAAGAACAGCGCCAUGGCGGGAUCGGCGGGCCACAUUGUCUACGAGAUCAACGACGCCGAGCUCAAGAUCUCGUGGGUGCAGCCGUACUGGGCGGGCGAAUUCUCGUCCUCGGUCACCGUCUCGGGUUCCAACUUUUCCGUAAUCCAGAUAGCCACCGGCAAAGACACCAGCAAUGCCGUGCUCCACGUCACCAUCACGGACGCCCCGUAG